AUGUUCACAAUUAACAUUCUCCUCCUAGUCAUCCCAAUCCUACUCGCCGUAGCAUUCCUUACACUAGUUGAACGGAAAGUACUAGGCUACAUACAACUUCGAAAAGGACCAAACAUUGUAGGCCCCUAUGGCCUACUCCAACCAAUUGCCGACGCAAUCAAACUAUUCACUAAAGAACCACUACAACCAUCAACAUCAUCAACAACCAUAUUUAUCAUUGCCCCAAUCUUAGCUCUAACCCUAGCCCUAACAAUAUGAAUUCCAUUACCAAUACCAUAUCCCCUAAUCAACAUAAACCUAGGAAUCCUGUUCAUACUUGCCAUAUCAAGCCUAGCCGUCUACUCCAUCCUAUGAUCAGGAUGGGCUUCAAACUCAAAAUAUGCACUAAUUGGAGCCCUACGAGCAGUAGCCCAAACAAUCUCAUACGAAGUAACUCUAGCAAUUAUCCUUCUCUCCGUACUACUAAUAAAUGGGUCAUUUACACUAUCCACACUAAUCACCACCCAAGAACACCUAUGACUAAUCUUCCCAUCAUGACCACUAACCAUAAUAUGAUUUAUCUCAACACUAGCAGAAACCAACCGAGCUCCCUUCGACCUAACAGAAGGAGAAUCAGAAUUAGUAUCUGGCUUCAAUGUCGAAUACGCAGCCGGCCCAUUCGCCCUAUUUUUCAUAGCAGAGUACGCAAACAUUAUUAUAAUAAACGCUUUCACUACCAUCCUAUUUCUAGGAGCAUUCCACAACCCCUACAUAUCAGAACUAUACACAAUCAACUUCACUACUAAAACCCUACUACUAACCACAUCCUUUCUAUGAAUCCGAGCAUCCUAUCCACGAUUCCGAUACGAUCAACUCAUACACCUUCUGUGAAAAAAUUUCCUACCCCUCACUCUAGCACUAUGCAUAUGACAUGUAUCACUACCAAUCACAACAUCAAGCAUCCCCCCACAAACAUA